CACAUUGCGAAAUAGAAGAAGAGUAACUUCUGUUUUUAUUUUACAAAGCAUAUCCAGAGAAAUAAUAAUAUCAGUUCAUGCGUUUGUGUUUUUACUCACGUGAAAUAUUGCUGUUUGUUUAUUCUUUUAAAAACGUCUAAAUAAUUUAGGAAAAAAGACGCUAGAUCUUUAUUUAUUUUUUAUGACAAAGUAUUUUAUUUAAGACCCUGUCACGUGCAAUAACAGACUUUGACCCCAAAGCUCAUCACUUUGAAUGAUCAAACAGCAAUACGAUUCGACAGCCAGAAGGUCUCCAAAUACAUUCACCAUCCUUUCAUCAUCAUGCCACCAAUGAAGAACAGUACAAACAGACCAAAACUGGACUGGAAGUUCCUACAGAGGUUCUGCAGUAUUCUAAAGAUCCUUUUCCCAUCCUGGGCCAAUCAAAAUGUGCGAAUGUUUAUGACGCUCCUUGGCGUCACACUUUCAGUUCAGCUUGUGAUUUAUCAAGUGGGUCUGAUUCCGAGUCAGUUUUAUGAGAUUCUGUCUGAGAAGAACUACAGCAGAUUUAAAGAUAUGGUGUUGUUUGCAGUCUUACUCAUCCUGAUCAAUUCAACACUGAAAAGUCUGGACCAGUACGUCAGCAGCCUGCUUUAUGUGAGCUGGAGGAAGUCUUUAACAGAAGAACUCCAUGACACCUAUUUUCAGGGUCGCGUUUACUACACCCUCAACGUACUACACAAAGACAUCGACAACCCAGACCAGCGAAUCAGUCAAGAUGUGGAGAGGUUAUGUAAGCAGAUGAGCACAAUGGCUAGUCGACUUCUCGUUUCCCCGUUUACCAUCUCUUACUACACCUAUCAGUGCUUUAACAGUGCCGGUUGGAUUGGAUUUGUUAGCAUCUUUGGCUACUUCGGGAUUGGAACCUUCAUCAAUAAGAUCUUGAUAGGACCCAUUGUGACCAUGCUGGUUGAGCAAGAAAAACUCGAAGGAGAUUUCAGGUUCAAACACAUGCAGAUUCGAGUAAAUGCAGAAUCUGCCGCAUUCUACAGGGCAGGGAAGGUGGAACACAUGCGGACGAACCGAAGGCUACAGAUACUUUUAUCCACUCAGAAAAGCCUAAUGAAUAAAGAGUUUUGGCUUUACAUUGGGGUAAAUACUUUUGACUACAUGGGCAGUAUCCUCAGCUAUAUUGUUAUAGCGAUACCCAUCUUUGCUGGAGUGUAUGAUGGCCUCACACCUGGAGAAAUGAGUGCACUUGUCAGUAAGAACGCUUUUGUCUGCAUUUAUCUGAUAAACUGCUUCACGCAGCUCAUAGACCUUUCAACCAACUUAUCUGACGUUGCUGGAUACACCCACAGAAUAGGAGAACUAAGGGAAGUAAUGUCUGACAUUGCCGAGAAACAGCGGGACCAGGAAAGAUAUGAUCCUCUGUCAAAGGAACCUGGUGACUUUGACAUGUAUGAUGAUAGAGAAGCUCACACAGCGGACACGGCGUUUGUGGUGGAUAAGCUCUCCUUUAGAUCGCCCGUCUCACAGGAGCUGCUUGUAAAGGAUCUGACCAUGAAGAUCUCUGAAGGAACGAAUCUGCUUGUGGUGGGAAACACAGGAACUGGAAAAACAUCCUUACUGAGAGUUCUCAACUUCCUUUGGGAGCCAUGCAAUGGAUCUGUGGACAUGACCACAUGUUUUGGACCGAGAGGUGUUAUGUUCCUACCCCAAAAACCAUAUCUGACUGACGGUACUCUGAGAGAACAGGUGAUCUAUCCAUUAAAGGAUAUAUAUCCAGCAUCAGGGUCUGCAGACGAUGAACGAAUAUUUAAAUACCUGGAACUCUCUGGUUUGUUGAAUCUUCUGAACAGAACUGGAGGGCUGGAUGCAAAAGUAGAUUGGAAUUGGUAUGAUGUUUUGUCACCAGGAGAAAUGCAAAGGCUUUGCUUUGCCAGACUUUUCUACCUGCAGCCCAAAUAUGCAGUAUUGGAUGAAGCCACUAGUGCUCUGACAGAAGAGGCAGAAGAUCUGCUGUAUAAAGCCUGUAAACAUCUGGGUAUGACCCUCAUCAGUCUGGGUCACCGGCGCAGUUUGGAAAAGCAUCAUGAUGUCAUUUUGCGACUGUGUGGAGGUGGCCAAUGGGAACUCGUCAAACUCAAACCAGAGUGAAACUUCAGUUUAAACUGAUAAUACUAGUCUGGUUGUGACUAUGGCUGCAUUUAACCCAGAUAGCUUGAAACUUCAGAGAAGUGUUUUUAAUGUUUACUAGGCAGCAUACGGACAUUUACUUGGUAUGUUUAUGAUACCUUCAUAUGCUGUCAACUCAUAUACUCUCUACCAUUUUAUAUAGUAUUAAGAUAUAUAUAUGAUUUAUUUGUUUUAACAAUCUUAAUUGUUGUUUUUUGCCAAAGAAAUUAGGGGAAUUUUGUAAUAAAAUAUGUCAUUUUUUAUUUUAUUUCAGAACGUGCCUAUAGAAUAUACAGUAUAUUUUGUAUAAUAAUUGUUUUUAAAAACAUGACGAUAAUAAACUACAGAAUACAAAAUACCUUAAUCAUCAGAAUUAAUGAAAAUAUCCUGCUUUUUUACUACCAAGAGAGUGCCAAAUCUCAAAACACAAAUCUACUUUUAUAUUUCAUUUAAUAAACCUUAUUUAGCUCAGAAUUAACCUGUAUUUCAAAAAUUGUUAACCCACACUCUUAGAACGAAUGUGUUAAAAACAUUAUUGAAACCACACAUUUUGUGUUACUUUUAACACAACUUAACACAAAAUCAAGACAGAAUUACACAUAAUGCGUUAAAAGUUUAACGCACAAAGAUGUAUUUAUCCAUAGCAGCAAAGUGAUUUAUUAUAAGGAGGUGAUAAUAUAAGAGGAGAGAAGAAAAUAAGUAGAUGAGAGUUAUAGCUGUUGUUUUAUAUUUUAAGGGGCAUGAAACAACAGAGAGGAACAGUGAUUGUAAUGAAUGGCGGAGCGAUUUUAUGCCCUUUUGUAAUGGUACCACAAGGCGCCGCUCAUUCACUGACCUCAUAGUUCUGGCUGGGAUGUAGAUGCAUUUGGAUCUAUCAUUAAGGAAUUGGAGCAAGAUGAAUAUCUGUUGCCAGGCACUUAGAGUAAUGGUUUAAAUAUAACUAGUUCAGCUAAAAAUAAACAUUGAUCACAGAUAUUAUCAUUUGCAUAAACGCAUGUUUGUUUGUUUUAUUGGUACUCGAGCACAACCUGUGCUGUUAAGUUUUUUGACACAUUUCCCAUGUGAGGAAAGUGACACGUUUGCAACCAAAGUAGUGGAAAGCAGAGAUCAAAAUAAUCCUUCUCACCAAAGUGUUCGGCUGAUCCAACUGCUUGAGUUUCAAGCUGUUUCAAAUGUAAGCCUGGCCAAUCUGCUGCUGUCAAUCAACACUCAUACUGGGGGAGAUAAUGGGAGGGACCCACCCCUUUAAAGAGAAUAUGAGACAAUCAGUGGAGAAAAAAAUAAAUGAUUGUAUCCCUUUAAAAAUGUGAUUUAUUUCCCACAGGAAUCUCUUUUAUUAUGGGUUUAUUUAAAAUACAGAAGGAUAAUUUUAGUUUGAUGAGGUUUAUGAAAAGAUACUGAAGAGACGUGAUUAAAUUCACACUGAAAUUCUAACUCAUUAUUUUUUAUACAUUUGUUAUUUUUUAUAAACAUUUAUAUAAAUACAUGUAUAAUUUUUUAUUACAAAAGUAAAUAUGCCAAAUACAAUGGUUG